CAGGAUUUCGUUUGCCGUAAUAACGUUUUAAGUUUGACAUCAAUAAAGAGAACAGUUAUCAGAAUUUUGCUACAGCGAGUUAAAAUGGAAACUUCUAGCUCUCACGUGCAAGUGAAAUUCUUCACAAAACAAGAUCAAUAUGCAGUGCCAGACACCCCCUACUCAGUGCCAGCCAGUGUAGCAACAGCUGACCUCAGUACACUUAUAAAUGGAAUCCUACGUAGUAGUAAAAGUACAGGAGAUGAGGAUGAGGAACAAAAGAUCCAGUUUGACUUCCUCAUCGAGGGGGAGUUCCUACGUCAAUCACUGGAGGCUUUCAUGGACCAGAAGGCAAUCUCAACAGAGACAGUGGUGGAGCUUGAGUACCUAGAGAGACACCCUGCCCCUAAACCAGAAGACUCUUUACUGCAUGAUGACUGGGUCAGCUGUCUUCAUGGCUGUGGUCAGACGAUACUGAGUGGUUGCUAUGACAAUACAAUCAAGAUCUGGAACACAAAGGGAGAAAACCUGCUAACCAUACCUGGUCACUCUGCCCCUGUGAAAUGUGUAGCAUGGUUUGAUAGGUUUGAAGAGGAUUCCUUAGUUUCAUUUGUAAGUGGGUCACAUGACCAGACUCUGUUGCUAUGGCAAUGGGACCGUAACAACAACUCUGUUGAGUGUGUGCACACAUGUAGAGGGCAUGCUGGCAGCGUGGAUUGUGUCGCUAUUGAUGAGACAAAGACCAGACUGUGCAGUGGGUCAUGGGACAGAAUGCUGAAGAUCUGGUCAGCAAUCCCCAGUAAUGAAGAUGAAGUAGAAGUUGGGGAGAAACCAAGUAAAAAGAAAAAAACAGACACUUCUAAAAUUCCAACACGGGUUCCUCUAAUGACAUUAUCAGGCCACAAUGAGGGUAUAUCUGCAGCACAGUGGUUGAGUGAACAGGAGGUGUGUACUGCAUCAUGGGACCACUGCAUCAAGAUUUGGGAUGUGGAGCAGGGAAUGGAAAAAUCAAAUCUGAAUGGCACCAAGGUGUUCUUAGACAUUGAUUACUCUCCCCACAACAAAUGUGUUCUAGCCGCCUCAUCAGACAGACAUAUACGUUUGUAUGACCCAAGAAGUACAGAUGGUGCAUUAGUGAAAUGUACAUUCACGUCCCACACAGGAUGGGUGUCUAGCGUAUCAUGGUCUCCUAGCAACGAGCAUCUCUUCAUAUCUGGCUCAUACGACUCUCUCGUCAAAAUGUGGGAUACUAGAAGUCCCAAAGCACCAUUGUAUGACCUCAGUGGUCACGAAGAUAAAGUGCUGGCAGUUGAUUGGUCGAUACCUGACCUGUUGCUAAGUGGCGGGGCUGAUAAUUCCCUGAAGAUAUUCAGACAUUCAGAUAAAUCACAAAUAGCUGUCAACGAUUCAUGACCUCAGAGAUCAUUAAAAACAAUUUAGAAUUAACAUACACAGUAUUUGGAUAUUGAAAGACUUGAAAUGUUAUUGUACAGUAUACUCAUGAAAGAUGUUGUGCUAGAACUUAUCAUGGCAUUUUCUGUAUUACAUUAUAAAAUGUAUGUUUUAGUAAGUAUAAAUUGCAAUAAAUGAUUUCAAAAUAUAA